UGUGUGUGAGAGAGAGAGAGAGAGUGUUCAAGUGUUUUUGUCAGCCAUCAGACACGGUCUGCCUCCACCCCCACCGGCAGAUCAAUAGCCCCUGUUUGGACUACCACUAAGAACUCCACAACUGCAGUGAUUAGAAAACACAUUAGUGUUGAUCAAUUAGGAGCCAAACGCCUCACUUAAUAAUUGAUGGCUCUUCUGGCAUUUUACAUACACAUACACACACACGCAGGCGUCCACACGCACACACAGGCAGCAGACACUGUUAGUGUGCCUGGCCGAGUGGCGAAGAGACAGUGGGUGAUCCUCAGACCCAACAAACGCAAGGCGCCAUGCUGUAUUGACAGGGCCGCCUAGUCUGAAUGCCUGAUUAGGCUCUCCGGGGCCCCUUUGGCGCUUACACACACACAGUCACACGGAUUGGACUCCAUUAGACAAAGACAGUGUAGUAGGUGAGAUAGACUCCACUUAAGCAGCACUAUCCAUUUCCCUCAAUCGAGCCACAGAGGUGUGUUUGAGCCAGACACCCUGGCUGGGCCUUAAGCGGACACAGAGGAGCCACACACACACAAGUGUCUCCUGCGACCACAGCGCUACAAGUUAUCAGCAGGCAUCUAGUGAACAUGAUGCAUGCAUGCACACACACACACACACACGCACACACUGCACUUACACCCAUGCAUCUUCAUUGCCCGCAAAGGCCUAAAGCUAAGUGAACUAGAGAAUACAGUGUAUUUCAUAGAAUACUGGAAAUGUAAACAUCAGGCGUUGGAUUUUUAAGCUCUGACUUCGUCUGUUUUCUUUGUUUCCUUCCAGACCUUGAAGACAGGCCUGACUAUGGUGGGUAAAGUUGUCACCCAGUUGGCUGGCACAAUACCAGCAGGCACUCCGGAUGAGGAGGUCACACCUCACAGUGCGAGUCGCCGCAGCCCCCACAACCCCGGCGUGGUCACCAUCAUUGACACACACAGUGUUGGCGAAGGACAGGUCUUGGUGAGUGAGGACUCGGACGGAGAAGGAGUGGUGGCUCACUUCCCAGCUCAUGACAAACCCAUAUCCUGUAUGCAAUUCAACCCCAGUGGAAUGCUGCUGGUGACUGCCGACACUCAGGGCCACGAUUUUCACGUCUUCCAGAUUCUCACCCACCCAUGGGCGUCCUCACAGAGCGCCGUUCACCAUCUCUACACCCUGCAUCGAGGGGAGACUGAGGCCAAGGUCCAGGACAUGUGUUUCAGCCAGGACAGUCGCUGGGUAGCCAUCAGCACCCUCCGUGGCACGACCCACGUGUUUCCCGUCAACACCUAUGGCGGUGCACCCUGUGCCCGCACGCACAUGUCCCCGCGCGUGGUCAACCGGAUGUCUCGCUUCCAAAAGAGCGCUGGCCUGGAGGAGAUCGAACAGGAGCUGAACCGGGUGGCUGCGUUAGGAGGAGGAGGCAUAGGAGGAGGUGGCUGCAUCCUGGUUGGAGGAGGAGGCAUCGGGGGCCGUUGUAGCCCUAUACCAGGCCUGUCCAGCAGCCCGUCGGGGUCUCCACUGCACGCCAAGCUGAGCAGCCAGGAUUCAUACAACUUCACCAAUAACAACAUGGGGAACCCGCGUCUGUCCCCGCUGCCCAGCCUCACUGUGGUGCUGCCUCUGGCUCAGAUCAAGCAGCCCAUGACCCUGGGCACCAUCACCAAACGCUCCGGACCCUACCUCUUUGGGGCGGGAUGUUUUGCCAUUAAAACUCCAUGGUGAGUUUUGCUCUUCCCCUUCUUGUCUCCCUCGGUAGCAUGCAACUGAAUACCCCGCCACAGCACACCGCCUCCUUUACCUCUCAUUUGUCUCCUGCUAUAUUUUCAACACAUUCUGCAGUCUGUGCAGUCACUCCUCAAGUCGGACAAAUCCCAAAGAGGGGCGUUUGUUAUGUUCUCAUCUUUUUAUGCCUUUUUUUUGCAAACCCUACAAUUUUGUUUCUGUGUAUGUAGAACUUCUGUAGUAGGGUGAUUCAACAUGUUGUGUUAAAGCCACUAUGGUACUAAAGCGAACAAAGAAUGUAUGGGUUCACAUUUUAACACCUGGUCUUUUAGGAAAUACAUAAAAAGUGAUGCUUUAGGUCUGUAUUUGAGGUGGUAGUGCAGGGGACAUAUUGUAGGACUUGAGGGAAAUGCCGUAGCACUUCUUGUCUGGUUGCCAUGUGGUUUCUCUGUUGUCUGUCUUUUUCGUUCUCUCUGUUUUUAAUCCUCUGUGAUGUAGUUCCAAAAAUAAUGCCUUCGUGUAAAACACGUUCACAUUUUUUUACCACGCAAAGAAACCUUUCUCUGUUUCAUGUGUGUUUGCAUGCAGUAAUUGUUCCUAAUGUUGGAAUGUAAUGUUGUUAACUGUGUUAAAUGUAAAAAUCAGCUUCUCUGUUUUGUUCAUUUAACUAAAUCAUUUCAUUUAAAGCUUCACUAAUCAUUUUGGUGUUAUAGUAACGAUGGGUCAAAUCACUAUGUAUACUGUGAAAGAGGUCGCUCAGAGUGUGUAAUAUACGGCCCACUGUCGGCUCUCAUCCACCUGGUUUCUGUGUUCAGCAGAAAAGCACAGAUUAGCUCUAAUGACAACCCUUGUGUUCUGAAUAUCAACAAAUGACCUUCUUAUUUAAACUAAGCCUUACCUUUACAAGAUCUCGGAGUCCCUGCCCACAUCUCCAUCUUUCUUCAACAAUUUACAAAAAGUAUGAUGCUCACUGAUGGCCGAAAAACGACCGAGCCAAUCAGAGCUUGGGAGGCAAGACUAAGAAUGGAGAAGUCACGUGAACUCAAAAAUGGCUAAAUAAAAGUUAUUACCACAAGGAACCUUUAACUGUUAUGAAACAGUCUCAAUUGAAUAAUGAUACCUUUAUGUGGCUACAUCAGUAAAACAAGACCAUCAGUUUGUAUUAUUCUAUAUAGUUAUACCUAAUACUUGUCAUCGGGGCCACCGGGUCGGAUUCCAGCGAAAUCAGACAAACUCCUGCAGGUUCACCAGAAACCCCUUCAGCUCAGACUUCAGCUCAGACUUCAGCGGGGCUUCCGGCAGCGACCGGUCCUCUGAGGGGAGACCAAGAUCUGGCUUCCCCUCCUCUUCCGGCCAGGAGAACGACAAUAAUAUUUUAAGGCUGAUAAUCAGGAAAUGGCUACUUUCACCCUUACAUUUUGAGUUCAACUUCAUCUUUUAAUGCCCUUCCCUGAGAUUGAAACGUUAGAGGGCACAGCAUCUUCCCAUUCAAGGAUCUUUGUCUUGCAGGGGGCUGAGGCCAAGUCUCUUUUCAACGCUGUCUCAUGAAAUCAGAUGCUUACAAGCUUUUAAAAGAAGCCCCAUUAUGAUAGAGUCACUUAUGGGGAGAUGAUUGAGUGGCUCAGUGAAGUGAACUUUUCCCUUCCCGGCUCCCUGCUCUCCACCUCCUCCCUGUCUACUCCAUUCACUUUAGAAAAUGAAUAGCAUGUGCUGCCUUCCCCGAGUCUUGGGUUUCGUCUUUUGUUGUGGGCAGUCACUCAUACUUUUUAAUUGAAGCUUUUUUUUCUUUCUGUCUUCAUCCACCUCCCGCUUAAUCCAGGCCCUUAGUGAUUUCAGAGCGUAUAUCUUUCAAAGGUACACAUCAUUAGCGCCGGAAUCUUGACCCUCGCAAUAACCGCCUUCUGCUAAAACUUCAGCUUGUUAGACCUAUAUUCUUUCUCUAACAGUGUAUGUCUUGAGACAUGAGCAAUGACAGUCCAUUCGCCAAUAUCUGCUUACCCCGAGUUCAGCCCUCUUUCUUUUCCUUUUCCAGGGCACCGUGGACUGAAUAAUGCCUUCUCAAGUUUCCACUAUUUGAAACAACUGAUUUUGUGGUGUGAGACUCCAACCUUCUGACCAAAUAUAUGGACUUUCACAAAUGUAUUUAAUAUUAUUUGCACAGUCUGACUUUAAUAAACGUACAUGUCUAUUACGGCACACGUAGAGUAUCGGGAAUAGCAACAGGUAAAAGAAAAUAGUCCUGGUUUCCACGGUGAUGGCCACUCUCCAAUGUUCACUGAGUCUCCAGUAGUUGUCAUUAGUGCUGUGUGUUCGACACAGCCCCAAUGCUGCCUCUUUUCCAAAAGCUGUUGUAAAAUAAUAAAUGUGACGUUGAAGGAUGUGUCCUCCACAUGACUGCCCUCUCUCUCUUCCUCUCUCUGUCUCUCUCUCCCUUCCUGGUUGCAGUCUUAAUACCGGCUCCUUUUCUGAUUUGAGUUCACCAUAUUGCCCAGAAUCAGUACAACGGCAGCCGAGCAGCUCUUUUACCACCGGAUAGUCAGCUCAAGUGAGCUCUAUCAUAUUUGUUGACUGCGAGGGCCCUGAGAACAAAUGGAAGCUGCCACCGGGACUUCCAUCCCCCCUCGGAGGCGCCUCGUGUUAGCCCCGGGCGUAGUAAUGCGAGGGGACUUUGAUGGUUGAUGUCGCAGAUUGAAUUAUGCCCUUGAGGAAAAGCUAUUAGCUCAGUCAAGAGUCCUCAUUUGUUAAAUUAAAAGUGGAAAUGACAUGAGUAGUCUUCAGUGGAUUAAAGUUGCAAAGAAAAUGGAUUCUUCUCCCUCCUAAAGGGCAAUCGUACAAAACAAAAUGUUGUGGACAGAGAAAAAAAAAGAUUUUCCGUUUGUUUAGUUACCCCCUCCCACAAAAUCCCCUUUUAGUAUAUUUAUUUAUCUUUCACAAUUUAUUCCUAUUGGGUUACUUU